GAUCAAUAUCCGGGCAUAUUUCGGACCAAGAUGGCGCCCACAGGCGAGAGAAAUGAGAAUAUGGGUGCGAUAGCUGGCGAUGACGACGAUAAUGAAGCUCAGAAUCUUUGGGCCACCAUCUUGGGAGAAGUCCAGUCAAGUUCUGCAUCAAAUCUUCCAUCAACAAAAUCAGUAUUAUUACUUGGAGAUAAUGAAAGUGGAAAAACAACACUAGUAGCAAAAUUACAAGGUGUAGAAGAACCAAAGAAGGGGACAGGUUUAGAGUACUACUUCAUAAAUAUCAAAGAUGAAUACAGAGAUGAAAAAGCACGAUUAGGAGUAUGGGUGUUAGAUGGUGACCCAAGUCACAAUGGUUUACUAAAAUAUUGUGUAACAAAGGACAAUUUUGAACAUAAUCUAGUCGUAUUAGUGGCAUCCAUGUCAAAUCCAUGGUCAAUCAUGGAAUCUUUGGAGAAGUGGACAAAUGUUCUCCGAGAACACAUUGACAGACUCAAACUACAGCAUGAGGAUCGAAGAGAAUAUGAGGAAAGCUUGGUGAGGUUCUUCCAGGAGUACACCGAGCCAGAGGAGGGUCAAUCUUCACAAUCUGUGGCCGCCCCCAGGCGAGAUGUGAACCCCCUUCAUCCUUCAGCCUCACAUACAGAGGAAGACAGAGUACUACUACCCCUAGGGGAAAACACCCUGUCACAGAACCUAGGUAUUCCAAUUGUAGUGGUCAUUACCAAGACUGAUGCAAUCUCCACACUAGAGAAAGAACAUGACUACAGGGAGGAGCAUUUUGACUUCAUCCAGCAACACAUAAGGAAAUUCUGCUUGCAAAUUGGUGCUGCCUUAGUGUACACAUCUGUGAAGGAAGAUAAAAACUGUGAUUUGUUGUAUAGGUAUUUUGAACAUAGAAUAUAUGGAUUCCCCUUCUCACAACAGGCGUAUGUUGUAGAAAAGGACAGUGUAUUUGUUCCUACUGGCUGGGAUAACGAAAAGAAGAUAAAGAUUUUAUAUGAAAACCUCAGCAGCAUGAAGGCCGAGGACUGUUAUGAAGAUGUUAUAGUGAAACCAAUGACGAGAAAGCCUGUACAGCGGGAUGCAGAGGUGAUAGCUGAAGAUGAACAAGUUUUCUUGGUGAAACAACAAAUGCAGUUGAGCAAACAGCCGGCACCUGGUGCAGCUGGAGAGUCACCUCUACGACCGCCAGCAGCUGCAACCAACAAGCAGAGCACAUCACCACGACCAACAACCCCUCAGGCCAGUAGUUCUCCUAAAAAGAGGGUGCUGGACGGCAAGAAUCCUCAGAACACCAGUGAAGGGAUGUUAGCUAACUUCUUCAACAGUCUACUGAACAAAAACACACGCACACCUGUCCCAACUAAAGCAGUGGUUGACAGUGACAAAGCUGCUGUUACACGGGACGCCACAGCUGAACUGGAGAGACUGACACGAUCAAAGAAAACACCAGAGGCCAAACCAAACGGGCCUGACAGCUCUGCAUCCUGAUCUUAUACAGGGACAAGAGGACAGAAACUUACACCAAAGUACUACAGAUCCACACCAAGCCCACAACAAACUAGACCAUUUUUCGACGAUAUCAAGAUUUCGCUAUAGCCUCACAAGUCAACAUGGCGACUUUCUUGAAUUUAUCUUCAGCCUUUUCAUCAGUGUUGUGUUCAAAAUGACUCGUACAAAGUUUAACAGACUUAUUAGUAGUUCUAUAAAUGGGUUGUAAGUUUGUCUGGCCCAGUAAUUUUGACGAUUUUUAGUCCACAGACAGAGCUGUAAUAUGCUGGUGUGUGCAUCUGUAAUGGCCUCCGGCCGGCUUCCAGCCUGGUGUCUGAGAUCUGUGGUACACUCCAAGUACACAGGUUUGAACAUUAGACAUACCUACAUGACCCUUGAAACUAUUCUACAAUAUCUUUUCAUGCUAGAACCAGGAAAGUCCUAACAAACUGUGUUGAUGUAAAAUUUAAUUGAACUUCCUUCAUUGGCAAGGUAGUAAAUGCCUGUUUGAGAAUACAGAGUACAUAUGGAGUAAUAAACUAGACAUCCCGGUAUGUGGUGACCAUAUGUAACACAGUACUAUUGCUAGGACACCUGUACAUACAGAUUUUGCAGAAUUUGUUGAUAAUGCUGCCACCUUUUCGUUGGGUUCAUGCGUAAUGGUAUUUAUCUGGCUGGUCAAUUGGGAUAUGGGUAAAGUGUCCCCUGUUCAGUGAUUUUGAAAUUGCUUGAAGAUGAAAAGAAAGACUGGUAUACUUUCUUUAUGUAAGUUAUAAAAAAAUCUGUACAGUGUUGUAAAAUUUUUAUGUUUAUUGAAGUAUGCCUGUGCGAUUUAUUUCCCCAGAAAUAAAUGAUUAUAUGAAGAGAAUUAUCACUGAAAGCUACUGUCAUACCAACUGUUAAGCACAUGUGAUACACAAACUUGUACAUGUUAUUUUAUUUAUUUAUGUGUGUAUAGAUGAGAUGUGGCAUAUUACUCUCUUGUUUUAAACAAGUUUUCUCUCCGUGUUUGUAAAUCAGGAAAUACUUUGUGACAUUUUUUCCUUCAUGAAUGUUUGGUGUAUGGUUGGAGAGACUAGCAGUGCCCCUGGAUAUCACUAAGGUUUCUUCGUUAUUAAAGCUAGUGUUGAUUAAAACAAAUCUGUUUCAGUCUCACUUAAGCCCUUUUCAUCCAUUUUGCAAAAAAAAAACGUCUAUUUAAUCAAUAUAUGUAACCAUGUACUGAUCUGUUAAACUGACAAGAAAUGUUACCAAAUCUUCCCUGAUUUACAUGACUAUGUGCUUAUUUGGCUUGUAUGAUUUUUCCUGACCACAUCAUCUGCUAUAUUACAAUUCUAUGUGUUCACAAAGUUAGUGACUGGUGCAUAUAUAUUUACAAAAUAACAAUUUACCCAAUCUCAUAUAGAAUCAGGAGUAUACUGUAUACCAGUUAAUAAAUAUACCUACAUCUGUUUUAUAGGAGGUUAUAAA